AUGGUCAAGCUCUUCGCAUCGGCUUUCUACACCGCAACUGCCCUUCUUACGGCGGUGCACGCUUGCGUCUGGGAGUCGUCCGGGGACGUCGUCGGCAACCUGACGCUGUACUGUGCCGACGUGGCCACGGGUGCUCGCUUGGAGCCGACAAGCACGACCGCGCCCAUGGUGUCGGUUGACGCGCGCGAUGCGCUUCAAGUGGUGGUACGGGCGGACGCGACCCAAGAGAUUCUCAACGCCGACGCCAGCGACUGGACCACCGCGUACAAUGCGACCGUUGCCGCACCGGCGUCCGGUGGCUACUCGGUCGUAUUGGUCUGCGGCAAGCCUGACGGUGGCGCGUGCCACGUCUCGUACGGACUGCAAUGGGCAUCGCCCGUGCCAGUCCGCCGCGCGUUGGCUACAGAAACGGGUUGUUACUUCUCGGGCAGCUACACGACGGGGUUCACGGACCCCAAUCUUGUCUUUACGUGCAACAACGUACAGCCGGGCUUUCUGGUGUCAAUAGUCAGCUCCAGCUCGGACAAGUUCUUCACUGCCUUCUUUGACGCAUCCAACUAUGCGCGCUACAAGAGCGGCGGCACCGGCACGUGCCUCAACACCGGCUGCGCUACCAUCUAUAGCGCUGAAUCGACGACUUCGGCGGUCGUGGUUACCAGCUCGGGGUCCUACACUCUCGUGAUCCGCUGCCAAAACUCGAUGUCUCGUUGCACCGUCAACGCGGACAUCUACUUCCAUACGAAAGCGCCCGCCGUCUAUAUGGGAUGCAGCUUCUCCGGCAACUUUGCCGCAGACUUUGCGUACAUUUUCGUCUGCGACAGCGUGCAGCCGGGGGUGUUUACGCCCACGGUCUCGUCUGCGUCCGACAGCUUUAGCGUCACCAUCUUUGACGGAGCCAACUACGCGCGGUACAUCAGCGAUGAAGACGGCUAUUGUGCCAAUGCUGACUGCCUGGACAUCUACACCGCGCAGUCGUACACCAAGAGCCUCAACAUUGGUCGCUCUGGUACAUACGCCGUCGUCGUUGAAUGCCACAACUCCGACGGGGACUGCAACUUUAGCGGCACCAUCAACUUCAAUACCGGCGCAGCGUUGACGCCCACGCCAGGCGCCACGACACCCAGUGGCGCGAGCUCGACGUGCCCCGUCCCUGGCACGUACCUGAGCACGGACAUGCGUCUGGAGCUCUCGAGCUCCGGGACCUUUGCCCAGACCAACGACGGCGGCAACGGCGUCACGUGCGCAACGACGGGGGCGUACGAGGUCUCGGGCCAAAAGGCGUCCUUCACCGUGUCGACUGUCUCGGCCGAGUGUCGAAGCCGUUAUACAAUCAACCAAAAGUACUCGGUGCCCUUCUCGUUCUCGAGCAGCUGCCAGCAACUCACGCUCAUCGACGCCACCAAGACGUGGACGCUGCAGCGAGUGUCCAGCGCGCCCAUGGCCAGUGUGACCAUGCUGCUUGCUGUGCUCCUCGCGUGGUGCGCGCUCUAG